AGGACCUUCCGGAAACAGUGAAUGCGUGAGUGCUACUGUCUUGCACCCUAUAAAAGCCUGGACCCAACGAGGGUUAGGAACAUAGUCUUGGCUUCCUUCGCUGAGUACAUAGUAAGAUCUUACUCUCAACAUGAAGCAGUUCUCGAUGGUUGCGGUCCUGGUGGUGGCCCUGGCAUGCCUGGUGAGCUGGAGCAACGCCAUGCCUGAGCCCGACCCUGUAGCUGACCCUGACCCCGUGGCUGACCCCGGCUACCGUCGCUUCGGUGGAUUGGGAUAUGGUGGAUACGGUUUGGGCGGACUUGGAUACGGAUACGGAGGUCGUGGCUACGGAUACGGGGGCUUUGGAUACGGAGGAUAUCGUGGCGGAUUCUACGGAUGAAGAUAAACACGACUGUCCUUGUACCGAUCUGUAGAAAAUUUUGGGAUAUAUAUAUAUAUAUAUAUUUUUUUUUUUUUUCUGUUUCAUCUAAAGUAAAGUUUAUGAAUGAAGAUUUUAAAGGUAUGAUUAUCCUUACGUAGGAGUAUGAUCGUUUAAUUAUUAUUAAAUAUGCUUAUCUAUACGUCAAUAUGUCUAAUUAUUUUUUUAUACACCCAUGUGUGUAGAAAUACACAUUUGUGUACAUAAUGCAAACAAACAAUAUAUAUUUAUAUAAAUUAAAACGAAUAACAACGGAA